GCGAGAGCUAGGGUUUCGUGCGCCACUGCCACUUCCGGUCUUCCGCCCGCCAUGGCCGAGGCCCCCACGUAUCAGAUCCUGGUGCGUCUCCUCGACGGGCGCACCACAUGUCUUCGCUUCUCCACGCCCACCGUCUCCGGCGCCGUGCUCCUCGAAGCUGUCGCGUCUAUAUCUCGCGUCCCCGCCGCCGCCCUCCGCAUCGUCACCGGCCGCUUCGACGUCUCGCCCUCCAACGUCCUCACCUCAUCAGCUGAUGGCCAGUUCCCCUCCGCCUCCGCGCUCCUCCGCCUUCGAGGAGGCAAGGGCGGGUUCGGCUCCCUCCUCAGAGGGGCCGCCUCCAAGGCGGGGCAGAAAAAGACUAGCAACUUUGACGCCUGCCGCGACAUCAACGGUCGCCGCCUCCGCCACGUCAACGCUGAGCGCCGCCUCGAGGAAUGGAAGGCCGAGGCCGGGGACCGCCAUCUAGAAAAGCUCGCCGAGAACUUCAUCAAGAAGAAGGCCAAGGAGGCGGGCCGCCGCGGCGGACCCUCAGCUGCUGAGGUGGACAAGUACCUGGAGAAGUACCGCAAGGAUGCUGAGAUCUGCGUCAACGCGGUUGAGGAAUCCGUACGUGCAUCUCUUGGAAAGAGGAAGACCGCCCCUAAGCCGCCCUCUGGCGCAGACGCUAAGAAGCUUAAGAUUUGGUUGGGAAAGAACAAAGUAGAAGAAGAUGAAAGUGAUAGCGAUAGUGACAGUGACAUGGAUGAUGAGGACAGUGAAGAUCAGGAGAGCGCAGAUGCAAAAUCUCUCGUAGUUGAUGAAGGCAAUUGCUCAAAUGGAUCCAUAAAAAAUGAGAAACUUGAUCUGGGUUCUGUUUCUGGAUCACAUUCAGAAGGAGAGUCCUCAGGGGAAAAGUCCCAACCGACAACAAAAUCAGGAGCUGAAGGUGGUGACUUUGAAUCUGAUGGCAGUGCAGAGCCUGAAUUAGGAAUGGUGGAUCAUCCCAUUCCUGUGAACAAUGCUGUUGCUGCUGCUUCAGAAGAAGUGCUGAAAUCAGAUGAAGUGACAGCAGAUGAGGAUAACACUACUUCAGCAACUUCAAACCAAAACAAUCCAGUGGUACCACAAGUUAAAGAAGCGCUGAAAGCAGACGAGGAUAACAGUGCUUCAGCUACUUCGAACCAAAACAACCCAGAGGUGCCCAAAGUAGAAGAAUAUGCCGAUGCCAGCAAAUCUUAUUCAGAGCCAUUGGACCUUGCAAAGUACAGUUCAGCUGUAGAAUUGGAGGUGCUUGGUCUGGAGAAGCUAAAAAUAGAGCUGCAAUCUCGUGGAUUAAAAUGUGGUGGAACUUUACAGGAGCGAGCUACCCGACUCUUCCUUCUGAAGACAACUCCAUUGGAUAAGUUACCAAAGAAGCUGCUUGCUAAGGCCGCUAUUGGGGGGAAGUGAGAAGCUGUAUAAACAAGUACUGAUGGUGCAAUGCUUAAGUUUUUUCUUUGACGAUGUAUGGAAAUCUGUUGUGGUGUAAUCACGUGUUACAAGCCCUUGGUGUGGCAUUGACGAUUAAUGAUGUGUCUGUAUCUACGUAUAUGCUAAUCGUUACCUUUGAAGCCCC